AUGUCGAACAAGAAGGAUAUGAGGCGACCGGACCUUAUCGUGCCCUACACGGCACCUCCACCACCCGCUCCCGAAGCAUCGGCGGAUAUCAGCUCGACAAUGGCCUCGACAAUGCCAAUGGCUGCCAUGUUCUUGCGCAACCGAACGAUUGCAUGGGCUUCGAUGUCCUUCGCCGUACAGACCUGGCUGUCCGAGACCCCUGCACAGAAAGCCGCAGGAAAGCAGCCUGCCCUCUUCAGCGUCCUCUUUGCCUUAAUCUCGAUUGUAGUGUCGUACAUGCCAGGUGCCCCAAGGCCAGUUCCGACCGGCACCGGAGCCCCAGCACCCCAGCCUGCUUAG